UUGCAAAGAAAAUUUUCCUUGCGGUCUUGGAUGUGUCAACUCAAGUGAUCUUCUUGAUCAGAAAUUCAAUUACGUUGUCGGUUGUCAUCUACCUACACCCAUGGAUUAUCUCCAUCACCUUCACAACCUUGAAUUGCUAAGAGAGCUACCUUUGCCAAGACCACGUCGUGGGCUACGGGAUGCUAGAAAUCCAUUGGAAUCGUACGAGGAUGGGCCAUUUCGAGAUCGGUAUCGACUGUCAAAAGAAACCGUCAUUUACAUCAUCAACAUGCUGGAAGCAGAAUUGAAGAGGGACACACAGAGGAAUGAUCCACUUCCCGUUUAUUUGAAGGUGUUGACGGCUCUCCGUUUUUAUGCGGAUCAUUUCAAAAGAUGCAUGGUGAUGAGGCAGCAAUAUCACAGUCAUCAAUGUGUCGAAUCAUCAAAGAUGUGUCGGAAGCUAUAGCAAGAAGGAAGAGGCAAUACAUGAAGUUCCUUCGACAAGAGAUGAAGUUGAAGCAACUCAGCGACAGUUCUACCAGUACUGCAGAUUUCCAGGAGUGAUAGGUGCAAUUGAUGGGGUGGGGAUCAGGCAAUAUACUUCCUCAACAGGAAGAAUAGAUACUCGAUCAAUGUACAGGUUAGAUUAAUUAUACCCUUUCUUAGGCCCUUUUCACAAGAGACUGCUGAGACUGCUUGCAACCUUUGUGAUUGUGUGCGACAUAUAUUGUGAUCAAAUGAUUGCAAUUGCUAAUACAAGCAAAUGUGAAAGCCACUUAAAUUACUAUAACUAGAACAAUGUACUAUUUUGUAUAAAGUUUGGCAAAAAAAAGAAUGUUACAUUAAUUUUCUGUCCUAGGAUUUCCUAUCACUUCAGUUUCAUUUAUAGUAAUUAUUCGAUUCGUAUUUGAUUGGGCAAUUUUUAAAAUGAGUAGUUAAUUCUGUAGCAUAUUUUUUUAAUAUGCAUUUUUAUUUAUUUAUUUUUUUGCAAGUACUGAGCAAUGGAAGCAGUGGAUGGGUGAUUGUUGGAUAAAUCAACCUAACAAGGAAAGCACACCAAUAAUUUUAAUGUGCAUGCAUGUUAAAAUUGCAUUCCAAAUAUGUGAUAAACUUGCAAAACUCAAUUGUUGUGUGCUCCCAUUGGAUGUCCCAAAGAAAAUUGAAAAUUAAGUGCCCAGAACGAUAUAGAGACAGUUCUGAAUGUAAGAUUUGAUAUUCCUCUUUUGUCUUCUGCUAGGUUGUUUGUGAUCAGAAAACGUAUCCGGACAUCUACCCCCUGGACAUCCACCCCGCGGACAUCCACCACCCGGACAUCCACCCCCCGGACAUCCACCCCCUUAGGACAUCUACCCCCUAGGACAAG